AGGCAUAGCUUCGUGGUUUUCAGAGGGGUUUUACUUUUCUCGCUCAGAUCACAAGAUGAUAACAACAACUUCAGAUUUCAGAUUCUGAGACACAACAACAACAACAACAACAACAACAACAACAACAACGCAAUCUCACACGUGCAUCACAAACCAAACCAAUUCCUCAAAUGGGUCUUGUCUCAAUCCAUGUUUUCUUGCAUAAAUGAGACAAUUCUUGUCUCUGAUGGAGUUCUUUUCGGUUUGAAUCCUCUGAUCUCACAUUUGCCUGAAAAUUCCAUGAAUUUGCCGAAAUUUCAGUUCUUUGGGGGUUAAAUUUUUGAUCUGUCAUCAACAAUCUGUGUUAAAAGGUGCUUGGAUCCAGAGGAAGAGACUGAAUUGGCUCCUAGGAAUGUCCUAUUUGGUUUCGUAAGGAUCGGGGGCCUCAAAACCUCAACUUCAGGCUUUCAAAUUGAGACUGGUGGGGUCAAGCGAGUAUUCAAGUAUUUUGCACAAUGGAUAUUGGGUUACUGAUGUUAUGCGUUUAAUCAAAUCCUUAUUUUGACAUGGUUCCAGCGAUAUGGUGUUGCAGAAGAGGCUAGAUCAUAGAUUUAAUGGCUAUCAGGUGCCAACCAAGCCCCGAGCUACCCGCUCCCCUAGGGGGAGGGCUACAUUUCAAAGAAAGGUGGAAGACAACCAAAUGCUCGCAUUUGAGUUAUUGGCCACCGUAGCUGGCGAUUUACUGCAAGAGAAUCAGAAUCCUACCACUUCUUGUAAUGGAUCAUCAGAAAAGGAUCAGGGUGGAUUUGUUAAAGAAGAAAACCAAGAUGCAAAUAAACCAUUCAAAGCUGAGCUUUCUGAUGAAGCAAGUUGUGACAGAAGAUAUCAACAAUUUGUUAAAGAAGGGUGUCUAGAUGCAAAUAUGCCAUUGAAAGCCGAGCUCUCUGAUGAGGGAAAUAGUGAUAGAAAAUCUAUCUCUAAUCUAUCUUCAGAAGUGUACGAUAAACAUUGCUGUAUGAAGGAAUACCUGCAUCCUGAAAUUGAUGGUCAUUCAUUCAUUACUUCUACAGUUACAAGUUCUAGUUGCUCGGAGAGGUUUUUGGCUGAGAUGGUGGUGGAUGAAAGAAGGCAUAACGAAAUGAAAAAAUCUGCUUGCAAAGUUGAAUUAGGUUCCACUGGAUGUCCAAAUAGUAUUGGUUGCAAGUUAGAUGAUGAUGCAAGUAAAGUAAAUGACGAGCUGCAUAAGCUUGAGAAAGUACCAAUUGGUACUGGGACUGGUGUGUGCUGUUUUGAGGAUCCCUUGGAUGAAAAACCUCCGGCACUAAUCAACACCAAGUUGUCUGGGUAUGACGACAAUGUACCAGUAGUUAGUAGAGAUGAUGACGAAAACUUUUCCGGGUGUGCUCACCCUAGUACCAAAACAAGGCCCUUUAGGCCAAGAACAUGUAUAGUUGAACAAAGAAUAGGUAAAAAUUUGGCUUCUAAAUAUCAAAAGGUUGCUCAAGAAUCAAAGCAUGAUACACUUCCUAACAGUGUUUCUGAUGGAAAUUUGAAGCCAGUUUAUAGCAGUAGGAGGGACUAUUAUAAACGCCAAAGAUCUGAAAUGAAUAUUCCUUUCAAAAAGAGGAAGCUUUUUAACUGCAGCUCUGGUUCAAAUUCUAACGGAUUUAUCAGAAGUGGCCGCACUUAUAAGUCACCUGAGAAUGACAUGAAUCAAGGUGUUUCUUAUUCAUCUUCUGGGAUCAGCAAAGAUCCUGGAAUGGAAACACAUAAGCACUCUGCAUUACAAUCUAGAAAUCCUCAUGUGAAACUUAGGAUCAAAUCUUUUAGAGUGCCAGAGCUUUUUAUCGAGAUUCCUGAAACUGCAACCAUUGGGUCCUUGAAGAGGGCAGUGAUGGAGGCAGUGACUGCUGCACUUGGAGGCGGAUUGCGAGUCGGUAUGAUUUUCCAUGGAAAGAAGGUUAGAGAUGACAGCAAAACUCUAAUUCAGACUGGAAUUUCUCAUGAUAACCAGCUGGAUACUUUGGGCUUCACCCUGGAGCCUAAUUCUUCAAAAAAUAUACCACUGACAUGUGCUGCAGAUUCUCUCCAUGUUCUUGGUGGGGACAUGCCUCAGUCUUUAAUAGGGCAUCGCUCCAGUCCAGCUGUAACUCAUGAGAGGAUUAAGGGCUUCUCUAACAUGUUACCUGAGCAUCAAGUAGCCAGUUUAGGUAAUUUUGUUGAAAGUGAUCAUGAUUCAGCACCUUCUCCUAUCAACACAUCAGUUGAAAAAAACUUGAAAGAUUCUAAAGAACUUGUUACUGUUCCUGAAAUGAGUAAGGAUGCACUAGCUGUGCUACCUGUGCACCAGAAAUCAAAGCGAACUGAGAAUGUUCAGCGUCGAAUUCGUAGACCUUUUUCUGUUGCUGAAGUGGAAGCACUGGUCCAAGCCGUUGAGAAACUGGGAACUGGAAGGUGGCGUGAUGUUAAACUUUGUGCUUUUGAUGAUGCAAAGCAUCGGACAUACGUGGAUUUGAAGGAUAAAUGGAAAACAUUGGUGCACACGGCAAGAAUAUCACCUCAGCAGAGGAGGGGGGAGCCAGUUCCCCAAGAACUUUUGGACAGGGUCUUAACUGCCCAUGCUUAUUGGUCCCAACAGCAGAGUAAGCAACAGCCAGAAACUUGCCUUCUCCUUCAAUGAAAGGGGUUGUCAGCAGCAGCACAUGGCUUUGUAGAUAGGUUGGGUGUGCAGGUUUAUGUCCCUUUUGUAGGGGGUUGUUAUCAUUUCACUUUUUUUUUUGUAUCUAUGAAAAAUAUCUGUUUUAUCACUUUAUCUACCAUGUAAAAAUUGGUGACAAGGAAGAAAGUGAAGCCUGGAGAGAAUUUGUGACAUUCUCUUUACUCUCAUGGAGAGGGCUCCUUCUUGUAAAUGGUUGAUGCAAUAAAGAGCUUGCCAAUUGUUAUGUUUCAACAUUUAUCAGAGA